AUGACGAACAUUAUUUCAGGUUACGCUUCCACAUUUAAGGUAAAUUUGAAAUUGGAAAUUGAUUCCAAGAUUAAGGACAUGUUCGUUCACUCAAAUUCUUCCAAACUCCACCAAAUAUUAUUAAAUUUAUUGACAAACGCUGUAAAGGCUUCAAAGCAAGGUGAUUCUGUAUGGUUAAAAAGUAGACUAUUGGAAGAUUAUGGAGAUUCUGUAACUGUCAGAUUUAUUUGUGAAGAUACUGGAUGCGGAAUUCCACAAAAUUUGAUUUCUUCUAUUUUUGAACCAUUCGUGCAAUUACAAAACAGCUCACAAUCCAAAGUGCCAAGUUCUGGACUCGGACUCACUACUGUUUCACAUCUAAUCAAAUCGAUGGAUGGUCAAAUUAGCGUUCUCUCUCAAGUCGGAAAAGGAAGUAUUUUCACAGUUGAUUUGCCAUUCAAAUUAAAACCAAGCAAGUUCCAAGAAAAUAGUGAUCGUAAUGGUAAUCCAGAAGAUAGGCGAUCAAAACUUCACCUUAGCGUUCAUAAGAGCUAUUUAACAAUGAUGACAGACUUGGAAAAGAAUGAAAAAGAAAAGGAGAAAAAGUCAAAGUUUAAUUCUAAAAUAUUGAUUGCAGAAGAUAAUCCUAUUAACAGAAAAGUUAUUGUCAAGAUGAUAAAUAGUUUAGGGCACGAAACAGAUUAUGUUUGUGAUGGAAAGGAACUGGUUGAGAACUUUAAUCCAAAAACUCACAAGGUUGUAAUUACAGAUAUGAAUAUGCCAAAUAUGAAUGGAUUGGAAGCUACUAAGGUUCUAAGAGAAAAAUAUGGAGAUUCAUUCAAGAUUUAUUUAUUAACAGGUAAUGUGACAGUCUCUUUGACAGAUGUUGAUGAUAUGGGUUUAUUGGAUGGCAUUCUAACAAAGCCCUGUUCUAAACAAGAGCUUGAGAAAUGUAUUACGCACGAAACAAUUUAUGUUUGCGACUACAAAAAUUACAAAAUUCAAACAUUUGAUUUGGCUACCAAACAAUUUAUCACUUCAAUUUCGACAAUUCCGACGUGCUUUAUCUACAUUCAAGUGGAUGAUCAAUUUGAUCAAUUAUUUGGAUUAGGAUUUGAUCGUUCCUUAUAUGUGGGAAAAUUUGAGAAACCAAGUAAGGGAAGAGGUGGAUUAAGUUUUGCAAGUUUGGAAAUCAAAAUGUUGGGUCUGACCUUAGUCGUGGGUUUGGGUUUGGGUUUGGGUUUGGGUUUGGGUUUGGGUUUGGGUUUGGGUUUGGGUUUGGGUUGGGUUGGGUUGGGUUUGGGUUUGGGUUUGGGUUUGGGUUUGGGUUUGGGUUUGGGUUUGGGUUUGGGUUUGGGUUUGGGUUUGGGUUUGGGUUUGGGUUUGGGUUUGGGUUUGGGUUUGGGUUUGGGUUUGGGUUUGGGUUUGGGUUUGGGUUUGGGUUUGGGUUUGGGUUUGGGUUUGGGUUUGGGUUUGGGUUUGGGUUUGGGUUUGGGUUUGGGUUUGGGUUUGGGUUUGGGUUUGGGUUUGGGUUUGG